UGUCAAACAAGAAUUGACAAAGGAUUUGAUUUGUAAUUACUUUGAAGGUAUUUUUUAAUGAUAUAAUAUUAAAACUCAGUUAGUAUGAGGUAGGAUCAGUGUAAUAUCAACCGACCGACGCUUUUCUAGCAACAUUCUAAAACUACAGUGUUCCAACUCGCUAUUGUAUGAAAACGUAUGAAAUUUACACACGACGAUGGCGUUUUCUUUUCGAAAAAUGCUAUCAAACAUCAAUUAUUUCAAAAAAUCUGAAGAUAACACUGAAAAUGUCUUGUCUGAUACGAACUUGAAGAGACGUAGACAUACAUAUGUUUCGGACGAACCUAUCAUAAUAAACUUCGAGUCCACAGAGCCGGACUCUACAUCGAAACAAUGCACUAGUAGUCUAAAACUCCCCGAAUCUGUAAAAAACUUCGCCGCCAAAAAAGGUUCUUUAUCAGACACGGAUUUACUAACCCUAAGUGUGGAAGCGCCAUUGCGAGAAAAAAGGCGUAAAUGUAAAAAACUUAAAUUAGACGUCAAAAAAGCGAGUCAUUCUAUGAACCAUUUAAGCGAAGACAGCUUCAAUAAUGUGGAGAACACACCAAAGCAUGUUUUGUUAGAAUGUAAGAGUUCCGAUGUGUUUAGCGAGCGGUUCAGAGGAUUCGAUUUCAAUAAAUCGUUUGAUUUAAUUGAUGCAAUAUCGGACGAUCAACCAUCUUCACCAUUCGUUGAGGAUGUAGAUAUUGAAUCUUUAUCGGAGCAAUCAGAUUCUGAUGUGUCGGUUCACACGAAUAAAUCAUCGAUUAAAAUGUGUCGUAAAGUCACAGACAGCCAGUCAAGUGAUGAAAAUCAGUUAGUACCCUCAACUAGUCUCGAGUCGUUCGGAGAUGUUGAAUUGGACAAGAAUGAAGAGGAACGAGUCCAGUUGUUAUUGAAUUAUCAAAUUAAAUUGGAUAAAAUCGAGUCCUUCUUAAGGAAACUGUUCAAUGACUUUCAAUUCCACAUCGAAGUAUCGAAACUGUUUUAUUCAAAAUCAAUUGUUACAGCUCUUUCCGGAACAGAUGUAAGCAAUAUUUCUAAAAAUAGUGAGAACUUAUACAAUAAGAAUGAUAGAGGUCAAAGUCCCGUUGGGUGGAAUAUCGUCAUGGAGAGGGAAGAUGAUGACGUUAAAAUGAAAUUGAGAAAACAGUUACUAUCUAUUAAAUCAAAUAUAGAAGAUUUUGUACGAAUUUAUUUACAAAGUAAUACGGAAAGCAAUAAAUUAGGAAACUAUAAGAGUAUCACAUUUAACACGAAGAAGCUUAAACAUUCUGUAUCGAAACGUCAAAAUGUUAGUCAUAAGAAAAGAAUAAAACACUUUGAUUUUCCAGAUUUAAGAGAAGCAAUGAUAAAUCUAUUUUCCAUGGAUGACGUCAACACAAACAACAUUGAUAACACGAGUUAUUCCGAUGACUCAGACACAUGUAAAUGCCUUUGUAAAUGUCACCAACCAUCUUCACCGAGUUCGCAAACUGAUUCCGGACUAACAACAAAAACAAGUGACGGUUCUUCAUCCAUCACAUCAUCGAUCGGUAAUUUCAGCCUUGAUUCAUCUACAUUAACAGCAUAUUCAGAGUCUCUAGACCAGAUUGUCAGCUACAAUAGCUUCCAAGACACGAGUCUCUACAAUACAUUGCUCCAGAAAGCCGCUAUCGAACGCAUAACAUUCUACGUAGAAGUCCAUAGCAUACAACUGAAUUGUGAAUUAACGGACCCAGAUAUAGAAUCCAAGAAUAUUAUAACUUUCUACUGUCCGUCAUGCAAAGAUACACAUAACGAUGAGAAUAGCUUGUUAAGACACAUAUUAAGUCAGACACAUUGUGAAAAAAUACAUUUUAUAUAUAAAACUGCCUAUAUUAAGAAAUGUAUGUCGGCUGGUAAGGAAAUUCAACCAAGCACCGUAUUGAACUCUAUGAGAAUGUACCGUGAUGCGAAUAAGAUUGUCUGCUUUGGGGAUGCAAUAUACGCUUGUUCGUUAUGUUUCGAGAAUUUGAUCGUUGGUGAAUCAGUACUCAUGGCCCACUGUUCCGAUCCGCAACACGUAGACCGUCGGGAGAAACUUGAAGAUAUUGUUGGUUAGUGAUGUUAUACAAAUUAUUAUUAAAUAUCAUGUAUUUUAAAUGUCCCGCAUCGAUUUAAUUUUCACUAGCUCAAUUACUUUUCUUAACAAUAUAUAUUUUUUUAAUUUUGAACUGUCAAAUCGAUGUUUGAUGUGAUUCUUUUUUUUUUUUAAUUUUAUCGUUUGCAUGUUGAUCUAUGCAAGAAUUAAACUUUGAAAUAAUCUUACACUAAUUUUCACAUUAAUGUAAACUUGACAAAAACUAAUUAUCCUUUUUUUUCUAUUCUAUAUUUCCUAUUUAUUGUCUGUUGACUGUUAAUUUUGAUUUUUUUUUUUUUGUUUCCAAACUUCAUUUAUUUUAUAUUUUUAAUUUCUUUACAAAACAAAAGGUGCUCAAAUUCAUUUUUAUAUGCUAAGCUGCGUUCAUCCUAAUAUUAAUUCUGAAUUUAGUAAUAAGUAUUCUGGCUUUAAUCUAAAACCAUAUUUAAUUACAUCUAUGUUAUACUUUGGAUAAGAUCGGUAUUUUAAGGUAAAUAGAUCUAGAAAGCAAUUUGU